GAUAUAGCACUAUUUCAAAACGAACCGUCGUUAAACCUCCCCGACCUUAAACGAAAAGCUCAUAAAACUAUCAAAACUGAGUGGAAUAGACUAGAGAUCUGGGAUCCAGCUUAGAAUGAGUUUCCAGGUAUGUCUUGGAUGCAUGCAGACCAAUUAGAUAUCCUAUGGGGAAUUGUCCAACCACCUGUUCCUCUUAUGGAUACGUCAGGUACAACUACAAUAGCGCAAGCGUCUACAUUAAGGGCUGAAACGAUACCUACGAGCGCAGAACCUACCGGAGAUGAGGAUGAGUCUGCUAUUCAUCUGGACGGCAGAUCAAGUGGCCCGACAAAUGGUGUUGCCACACGAUUAAGGUCUACUGAAGCAUCCUCUCCAGGCGCCAAUAUGACCAGAUCGCUGCCGAAGAGAAAAUCUAAAGGCAGACCAAGAAAAACCCUCAGAAAGGGUAAUCUCCCAGACGAAGAAGAUGCCAACAAAUCUCGUCUUCAGCAUCACGAAAGGCAGAAAUUAGAGCCCAGACCUACGCAAUCAGCACCAAGACGCAGCAGCCGGAUCGCCGCGAAAACUAGCUCGGCGAAAAUAAACACACUGCCAGACUUAGCACCUACACGGAAGCGAAAAAGAGCACACACCUGCGAUCAAGCAUCUACCGAUGUAUCGAGGACCACAUUUGCACUUACAGCUACGAAGAAACGGCGAAUAUAGCCAGAGCUAGCGCUGAGCUUAUCAUAAUAUGUAUGUUUGCGUGAUGUGUAAAUGUUCUUUCUGCUUCGAAACCAGGGCGGGAGUGCAUGGAGACU